GUCCUUGUAUUCUUAAACAAUUCUAAAACCUCACAACAGCGAUCAUAAAAGAACAAUGGAAAAGCGUGCGUACAGUACCUGAUCUCCGAGGGAAGGUGGUUGAAACGCGUUCUUGAAUAGGUACUUGCAACUUACAUUCGGGCACUCGGGUUGCUCAUGCUUUGGACUACUUCGUGCAGCAUCAACUGAACAGAAUUACACCAGUCAUUAAUCGUGAUCGUUGGUGUACGCAAUAGCCCUCACUGCUUAGCAACUGAACAAUAGCUAACCCGUGGCGGUGCGGAUGCUCAUUGAGGCCACCAGGCGACUGUCUGUAACGCGAUAUCUGGACGCGUUUUGACCGUCGCCGUAAUCUACUCGAGGAAGGUCUAAGCCUCUUCAACCAACAACACAUAUAACUCGACAUCUUCCAUAUCAUCAUGGUGUUCUUUCCUCGAUACUGGUUCGGCCUUCGUUACCCACCAAGCUACCUCGCCACUCACGACGUUGACUUUGGCAUCGACUUCGAGAUGUCCGAGGCUUCGUCCUACGAGGAUGAGGUUGCAGAUAAUCCUGUCCCACUCCCAAAUGCGUUCCGCAGAAAGGCUCGAUCUGAACCGAAGCGCAGGAAGCCUCUUGUCUCGUUGGAACCUCGUCUCAAUGCCACUGCGCCGACGCCGAUCGAAGCCUGUCUUGGUGCAGUGAAACGAGAGAAGGGGUACAAGGAUCGGGCAGUGAAAGAAUUCCUGAGGGCACAAUUUCAAGACAAGACCGAUGUCGACUAUCCAGUCCUCGACUUUGUAUCGCACGUCUUCAAAUUCAAUCCUGAAGACAUUCCCCUUGUCGAGGAUGGGUACGAAUUGGACGGGGAGAAUUGCCAGUGGUACGGGAAGAAAUGGUACAAACGAGACGACCAUGUGGAUGGGCAGACAGUGCGGGGAGAGAGGGCUUGCUGCAUUGCAUUCGAGAACAUCAUGCGUGACCUCUGUAGUCAAUUGUCGGUCGCCUCGGGUAGUGAUACUCCAAGCUCCCAGGCUGCGUUCAAGUUCCUUCAUGAUACGACGCCGAUUGGGAAUUUCGCGCGAUUCAAGCCUGACUUUGCAUAUGGGCCGGAUGUCGAGCUUCGAGACCACACGUGGGCCUUCUGGGGAGCAUAUGGAGAGCUGAAGAAGAAGCACGUGACACUUGACAUGGACCCGACGGCUCGAAUCAUUGUUUCGAAGGAAAAGAUUGAGAAGCUAUGCGACGAGUGGAAGUUGCAGCAGGCAGCAGAAGAGAGUGGGGAGACACGGCGGCCCUCAGACGAUCGCCCAGUGUCAGAUGAUACAAUUUCUCCCUCCACACGUAAAAGAAAAUCGGCCACACCCUUGGAGGCCUCCACUGUGAAAAGGGCCAAGACUUCGCCGACCGCAAAGGGCUGGGACAGGACGAAGACGGUGAAGUUGACAGCAAAUCAUGUGCAGUCUGCCAAGUAUGCCAACGAGCUUCUGUCUCAUGGAAUUCGCAACUACGCUGCUGGAUUCCUUGUGGAAGAGACGCGUAUCACGCUAUGGUAUGCGGAUCGUAUGGGACUGGUCAAAUCGCAGUCGUUCGACUUCUUCCAGAAUCCCGAGCUGUUCCUCCUAGUGCUCGCUGCACUCCACUUUGGCAACCGUCACAAGCUGGGAAUCAACCCGCUCAUCGAGUAUCCCCCCGACGCUGUCCAAACUCACGAUGACGCGAUGCUGAAGCUCCCUCAUGCUUGUGAUAUCACUGGAAAGAAGUUGAAUGAGACUCUAACGUUCAAGCUACGGGUUUCAGAAGAGCAUCCGCUUUGUGUUGCAUACGGUGCCCUAGGACGUGGUACUACUGUGAUCCCGAUCAAGGCAGAAGGACGUGCAGAGGAGCUUUUCGGGAGCGAUGAUCUUGUUGCGAAACUGGCUUGGCAGCCGGUGAAUAGGUGCAACACGGAGGAUGGGUUGAUCAGGGUUAUUCGGAGGAAACUUGGCACACACGAGGAGGCGCGUUCGUAUCUGAGGAAUAUCACUGACCUGAAGUGCUCCUUGGAUAUGAGCGACACGGAAUUAGGUCUCCCGAGGGCGUUCAUGGGAUUGCCUGAGCCGUAUGAACCUCGACUGUUUCGUGUGUUGGUUAUGAGAGAAUAUAUUCCGCUUGAAUGUGUUCGCAGUCCGGAGGAAUUCAAGACUAUAUUUCUUGAAGCCGUGAAAGCUCACCAUUGGGUGUACGAAGUCGCUUUGAUUCUUCAUCGUGACCUGAGCAUCAAUAAUGUCAUGUUCUAUCGUAGGAAUGAUGGGGUUGUCGUCGGGGUACUGUCCGACUGGGAUCUUUCCUCAUACAAAAACGCACACCUAGUUAUUGACGAAUGCGUUGAUACUCUGGAGGCAAAGGAAUCGGUUGGCGAUACACCAAGGAAGGAAGACGCACAAUCAGAUGAGGGUUCCAAGAGCGAUAAUUCUUCGGAUGAUUCACCUGAGGUGGAGAACUCAAAUUCUCCUCGAACACCGAGGUACAGAACGGGAACAGGGCCGUUCAUGGCGCUAGACCUUCUGAACUCCGUUCCAAUCAUUCACCGGUACCGUCACGACCUGGAAUCCUUCUUCUACCUUCUUUGUUAUUUCUGCGCCACCUUCAAACCUCCAAGACGUUCGCAGUCGAAGGGAUCCUUUAGAUUCCUUCCGGAAUGGGAGCAAGAAGAUCUCAAAAAGGUUGGCAUGGUGAAGAAGCGGUUCCUCGAUAACGACCUACCUGUCGGUAGCGACCCUAAGAAGCCCCAGGAUCCUUUCGAGCUGUUUUUUGCGAAUACGCACAAAAUGUAUCGUCCGCUGGUCAACAGCUGGAUAGAACCUCUCUGGCUUCAAUUCAGGGAGGUAUCUAAGGUUGCCCACGAACUUGCUAGUACGUACGGUCUGUUACGCAGAGAAGCAACACGGGGAAACGUAGAGCGGGAACAGGCUCUCCGGAAGGCAUUGGAGAAAGUGAUAGCUAGAGCAGAUGAGGACUUUACAUUCGAGAUGUUUAUAGCACACCUGGAAUAAGAACUGAAGAGUAGGGACGACGGACAGCUAUUCUCUGCAAUUGUCGUGUGGCAGUGUCAUAUUUUAACCUACUGUAUCUUGGUAUGAUAUCUGUGCCACUUACUCUUGAGAUCUGACCAACUGCUCAUUGUUCCCGAUCGUCUCUAGUCUCCCUGAGGCGGAAUAGACAGAGAUGCAGCAUUCCAGGAUAUCUCGCCUGACGGAUCAUCUCUACUAGCCUUCAUCUGGUUGGGAUCGACAGACUGGCGUUGCGAAAGUUCGUUUCGUCAGAAAGAGGCAGUCAGUGCCAAUCAAGCUCCGAGGCCCACACGACCUUUGUGUGUAUUGUUGCAGCGACAAACCAAAGGCAAUAGAAUUGUGAAAGCCACUGAUAUCUGUAGUAGGCCAGUCAAGAUGUUUGAUCUCAAUGACGAAUACUAUCGUAUGUACUGAAGGAGGAAUUUAUGUAUCGAGUAGCUUGCUUAGUCAGCGCGCAGACUCUUCAGCUUGUACCAUCCUCGUUCACUUGUGUUUUUACUUGGUCUAACGCCGUUUUUAUCUGCAAUAUAACGAGGUUCUACGC